UCUUACUUUUAUUUUUUUGGUCAAAUACUUUCUAACUUUCUUCGUAUUUCCCCCAAGAAAAAAAAAAGAAGAAAGAUGUGGAUGGAGGUCAUCUUUGGUCUCGUAAUCUACAAACUCGUCCGCCGUUUCUUCAAAGACGACGAGAUUUCCGAUGACGGAACCUCAGCUUCCACCGCUCUCUUCUCCGUUGCUCACAGACUUGAAAAGCUUUAUGGUGGAAAAGCUUAUGUAGGCCUUCGUAUUCCAGAUGCAGACACUUCUUCUAGACAGGACAUAGAUGUUGUCCUCCUCACUAAAGGACAAGUUGUGGUGAUCAGUGUCAAGAAUCUAUCUGGGAGUGUUACUGUAACCAGCGAUGGAAGCUGGGUUUGUGAAGGUGGGAAGCAUCAUACAACUCAGACUUACCCUGAUCCUCUGGCUGAGGUCAAGAAACAAGCUUCAGUUCUUGAAUCAUAUCUUGAACAAAGGGGCGUUAAAUUACUAGAAGGAAAUCUGUCUUGCAAAGUUGUAAUUCCCAAUCCAAACUUUCGUACAAUGCAUGCAUUUCCGAGUGAGGUAAUUACCUACCAAGAGUGGCAACAUCUGAAACCAGUAUCAAGGAACAUACUUCCUGGUUGGGUGAAAGGCGCAUUGUGCACAGGAAACGACACGCAGGAAUUUUCGCAUCAAAAACUUAACUUCAUCCUUGCCACUGCACCAAUGUGGGAUAGGGUGGAGCUUAAAGGUAGCAAGAUUGUGUUAGGAGAGUUCCUUGAGUUCAAAGGAAAGCAGGAAGAUACUUUGGCUUUGAAACAUAUCAAGAGAUCAAAAGUUGACCGUAUCUCUAUUCAGCAUACAAGCAUGCUUGGAUUCGCUCCGUCGAGGUUGCAGGUUGUAUACUCGUAUAGGGACUACAGAAGUGAAGGCAGGUCAGGAACAGAGUCGAAGGAAGUGACUGUAAGGUCGAGCACCGAGCUUGUGUUCCGGCCACGAGACUCCACAAAGAUUAAAAAAUUCAAGCUCUCGUCCCUCCUCUCCAUUUCACUAAGUGCCUAACUCAACACAACCUGUUUACGGAAAGGAUAUCUUUCUGUUUUAGUGUCUUUGCUUUACGCUUUAAACCAGUGAGGAACAUUCAAACUAAUCUCAAGUUCUUACCUAAAUUGUAAUUGAUGCCAUCAUAAAGACCAAACGUCGCAAUUUCAUUCAAGGCUUCAUUGAAAAAUCAUCACAAUUGAGAAAGGGACUGUGUCAAUCAUUUGCGAAGAUCAAAAGCACUCUGACACACAACAAAACUCAUAGACAGUAGUAUCACGCAAGAUCACAAGCCAAUUAUUUCAUUCCAACUCUAUGGUACGUGAGAUUAUUUACAUGACGUUUUUUUUUUUUUUUUAAAAGAGGCUUGUGGGAGAGUUCAGUCGUCAUAUGAAAUGUGAGGGCUGGUGACACAACCGGGUGCAUUA